AUGGGUCAUCCUGAUGAAGUCGACGUCAUUGUGUGUGGUGGUGGUCCCGCUGGAUGCGUCGUUGCUGGUCGUUUAGCCUAUGCCGACCCCAGUCUCAAGGUUAUGCUCAUCGAAGGCGGUGCAAAUAACCGCGAUGAUCCUUGGGUCUACAGGCCCGGUAUAUAUGUCAGGAACAUGCAACGCGAUGGAAUAAACGACAAGGCCAAGUUCUACACCGACACAAUGAAGUCUUUACACCUUCGCGGCAGGCAGAGUAUUGUCCCGUGCGCCAAUAUCCUCGGUGGCGGCAGCAGCAUCAACUUCCAGAUGUAUACCAGGGCUUCUGCCUCUGACUGGGAUGACUUCAAGACUCCUGGUUGGACUGCCAAAGACCUCCUGCCGUUGAUGAAGAGGUUGGAGAACUACCAGAAGCCCACCAACAAUGAUUUGCACGGCUAUGACGGCCCGAUCGCCAUCAGCAAUGGUGGAACCAUCACCGGUCUCGCUCAAGAUUUCCUGAGGGCCUCUGACGCUGUCGGCAUCCCUUUUACCGACGAUUUGCAGGAUCUUGACACCUCCCAUGCCUCUGAAAUCUGGGCCAAGUACAUCAAUAGGCAUACUGGAAGGCGCAGCGACGCUGCCACUGCCUACGUCCACAGCGUCAUGGACGUCCAGAGUAACCUCUAUCUGCGCACCAACUCGCGUGUCUCUCGCGUCAUUUUCGAGGGCAACAAGGCUGUCGGAGUCGCCUACGUUCCGGCUCGCAACCGCGCCAACAACGCGCAGGUCUUGGAGACCAUCGUCCGUGCACGCAAGUGCGUUGUCCUCUCCAGCGGCACCCUCGGCACGCCCCAGAUCCUCGAGCGCUCGGGCGUCGGCAGCAAGGAUUUGAUGGGGAAGGUUGGCCUGAACUGCGUUAGCGACCUUCCUGGUGUCGGCGAGCAAUACCAAGACCACUACACGACCUUGUCGGUCUUCCGUGUCUCCAAUGAGAGCCAGACCUUGGACGACUUCCUCCGUGGCGAUAAAGAAGCCCAAAGGGAGCUGUUCAACGAAUGGGAAAUCAGCCCCGAGAAAGCUAGGCUCUCUUCCAAUGCGAUCGAUGCCGGCUUCAAGAUUCGUCCCACCGAGGCCGAGUUGAAGGAGAUGGGUCCUGAGUUUAACGCUCUUUGGGACAAGUACUUCAAGGACAAGCCCGACAAGCCCGUCAUGUUCGGCUCCAUCGUGUCUGCAGCCUACGCUGAUCACUCCCUCCUGCCUCCCGGCAAGUACAUGACGAUGUUCCAGUAUCUUGAAUACCCAGCUAGUCGUGGCAAGAUUCAUAUCAAGUCGCCCAACCCGUACGAUGAGCCGUUCUUCGAUAGCGGUUUCAUGAACGACAAGGCCGACUUUGCCCCCAUCCGAUGGAGUUACAAGAAGACUCGUGAAAUCGCCAGGCGGAUGGACGCGUUCCGUGGGGAGCUGACUUCUCACCACCCGCACUUCCACCCCGAUUCGCCGGCUGCUUGCCGCGACAUCGAUAUCAGGACCGCGAAGGAGAUGAUGCCAAACGCGUUCACAGUCGGAAUCCAUAUGGGUACCUGGCAUCGCCCAGGUGAGCCCUACAACCCCGACAAGGUGCACGAGGACAUCAAAUACACCGAGGAGGAUGAUAAGGCUAUCGAUGACUGGGUUGCAGACCACGUUGAGACGACCUGGCACAGUCUUGGCACUUGCGCCAUGAAGCCGAGGGAGGAGGGUGGCGUUGUCGACGGCCGCCUUAACGUUUUCGGAACCCAGAACCUGAAGUGUGUUGACUUGAGUAUCUGCCCUGACAAUUUGGGCACGAACACGUACUCGUCGGCCUUGCUUGUUGGUGAAAAGGGUGCAGAUAUCAUCGCAGAGGAGCUAGGCCUUAAGAUCAAGACGCCCCACGCGCCUGUGCCUCAUGCCCCCAUCCCUAAGGGUGUUCCGGCCACGCAGCAGGUUCGUUGA